AUGUCCACCUGCAGGAUAGCCAGCCCCCUGGAAGCAGAGCGAGAGUCAUCCCGAGGCUGCGUGUUCAGGGACGAAGGGGACACGGCCGAGGCCCAGGGCCAGCACCGCAGAGCCUGGCUGAUGGGGAAGCCGCAGAGCCCCGUGGGGCCUGGACACAGGCGCUGGCGCUUCCUGGAGGGCGGGCUGCUGCUGCUGCUGCUGUUGCUGGCCGCUGCCCUCGCCGCCCUGGGCGUCCUCUACAACAGAGCGAUCAGAGGGUCCCGGGAGGCUGAGGUGUGCACCACCCCUGGCUGUGUGAUGGCGGCCGCCAGGAUCCUGCAGAACAUGGACCCCUCCAAGGAGCCCUGCGACGACUUCUACCAGUACGCCUGUGGGGGCUGGCUGCGGCGUCACGUGAUCCCGGAGACCAACUCUCGCUACAGUGUCUUUGACAUCCUCCGGGAUGAGCUGGAAGUCAUCCUCAAACGGGUGCUGGAGAACUCCAGUGAGGAGGACCGGCCGGCCGUGGCAAAGGCCAAGACGCUGUACCGUUCCUGCAUGAAUGAGAGUGUGAUAGAGAAACGGGACUCCCAGCCCCUGCUGGACAUCCUGGACAUCGUGGGAGGCUGGCCAGUGGCCAUGGACAACUGGAAUGAGACCGUGGGCCCGCGGUGGGAGCUGGAGCGGCAGCUGGCGGUGCUGAACACACAGUUCAACAAGCGUGUCCUCAUCGACUUCUUCAUCUGGAACGACGACCAGAAUUCCAGCCGCCAUAUCAUCUACAUAGAUCAGCCCAGCCUGGGCAUGCCGUCCCGUGAGUACUACUUUAACGAAGGUACCAACAGGAAGGUGCGGGACGCCUACCUGCAGUUCAUGACGUCGGUGGCCUUGAUGCUGCGAAAGGAUCUGAACCUCCCCACGAACGGCUUCCUCGUGCGCCACGAGAUGGCGCAGGUGCUGCAGUUCGAGACACAGCUGGCCAAUGCCACGGCGCCCCAGGAGGAAAGGCAUGACGUGACCGCCCUGUACCACAGGAUGGAUGUGGGAGAGCUGCAGAGCAAGUUUGGCCUGAAGGGGUUUAACUGGACGCUCUUCAUACAAACGGUGUUGUCCUCCGUGAGGCUCAAGCUCCUGCCAAACGAGGAGGUGGUGGUCUACGGCAUCCCCUACCUGCAGAACCUCGAGGACAUCAUCGACCUGUUCCCGCCCAGGACCAUGCAGAACUACCUGGUCUGGCGUCUCGUGCUGGAUCGUGUCAGCAGCCUGAGCCAGCGCUUCAAGGAUGCCCGUGUCAACUACCGCAAGGCGCUGUACGGUACCACGGUGGAGGAGGUGCGCUGGCGGGAGUGCGUCAGCUAUGUCAAUAGCAACAUGGAGAGCGCCGUGGGCUCGCUCUACGUCAGGGAGGCCUUCCCCAGGGACAGCAAGAAGAGGGUCAGGGAGCUCAUCGACAAGGUACGGGCCGUGUUCGUGGAGACCCUGGACGAGCUAAGUUGGAUGGACGACGAGUCCAAGAGGAAGGCCCAGGAGAAGGCCAUGAGCAUCCGCGAGCUGAUCGGCUACCCUGACUAUAUCCUGGAGGAAAAGAACAGGCACCUGGACGAGGAGUAUUCCAAUCUGAACUUCUCAGAAGACCUAUACUUCGAGAACGGCCUGCAGAACCUCAGGGCUGGGGCCCAGAGGAGCCUCAAGAAGCUGCGGGAAAAAGUGGACCAAAACCUCUGGAUCAUCGGGGCUGCAGUAGUAAACGCCUUCUACUCGCCAAACCGAAACCAGAUCGUGUUCCCAGCCGGGAUCCUGCAGCCCCCCUUCUUCAGUAAGGAGCAGCCACAGGCCUUGAACUUCGGGGGCAUCGGGAUGGUGAUCGGCCACGAGAUCACACAUGGCUUUGAUGACAACGGCCGGAACUUCGACAAGGACGGCAACAUGCUGGACUGGUGGAGUAACUUCUCGGCCCAGCACUUCCGGGAUCAGUCACAGUGCAUGAUCUACCAGUACGGCAACUACUCCUGGGACCUGGCAGACCAGCAGAACGUGAACGGCUUCAGCACGCUCGGGGAGAACAUCGCCGACAACGGUGGAGUGCGGCAGGCCUACAAGGCUUACCUCAAGUGGAUGGAAGAGGGCGGCCAGGACCAGCAGCUGCCCGGCCUGGAGCUCACCUAUGAGCAGCUUUUUUUCAUCAACUACGCCCAGGUGUGGUGCGGGUCCUACCGGCCCGAGUUCGCCAUCCAGUCCAUCAAAACAGACGUCCACAGCCCCCUGAAGUACAGGCAAGUGCCAGCCCUCGCCCGUCACCCCUGUCCCGGCCCUGCACGUGUCUCAGGCCACUCCGUCCCCCGCCCACAGGGUGCUGGGCUCGCUGCAGAACCUGGCGGCCUUCGCGGACGCGUUCCACUGCUCCCUGGGCACCCGUAUGCACCCCCAGGGCCGCUGCCGUGUGUGGUAGCCACGGCCAAGCGGCUGUGCAGCCCUCGCCCACCCGCCGCCGAGCAGCUGGCGGGACCCUGCACGCACCGCGCCCCACGGCAGAUGGUGCCUGCCUGGCCUGCGCCCCAGCAAGGAGUGCAGCCACCCGGGUCAGCAGCAGCGUCCAGCCGGCCCGAGGGCCGCCGAAGAGGGUCCGCGCCCCCCCGGCAGCCCCGCAGACAUGACCAACCACCUCCUGCCCACUCGCCGAAGCGCCUCGUCUUCCGGGGUCCCGUGCUUCACACUCGAGCUGAGUAA